GCCGGCGACGAGGACUACCUCGCGGCGCGCGUGCUGAUCGACGACUGCUGGAACUUUUGCGAGCUCGUGCCCGCCCAGGACAAGGUCUCCCAGGAACGCACUUUGGUGUCAGGCCACAAGCGCGACUCGCGGGUCGCCGGCGAUCUCCGGGACCCCGUCACCAAGGAGCGGUUCAUGGUCUUUUCGGAGUCCCUCGGGUUGCAGCACGACCUCGAAGCUGUCGUUGCCUCUACCGUCAACGACUUCGGCGGCUUCGUCCUCCCCGAGUACGCCAAGUGCAUCGCGCAGAUCCAGGAGGGCGAGGCUUUCGCCCAGAGGCAGCAGCGGCA